CGCUGGGAUUUUACCACAGCAGCUCGACAUCCUCGACGUCCGCGGUAUGCACAACGCGUCGCAGCGCGAUAUCUGGCACGUGGACUACGGCCGGAAGCGGCUCGAGCAGGCCGCGCAGGGCUGGUGGAGCAUCAUGGUCGUCUUUGGCGUCAACAGCGUCGGCUUUUGCGUCGCGUGGUGCCUCUUCCUCGCGUCGCGCAGCAGUCGCAGCAGCCUCUACUGGACGGGCCACACCGACACGACCGCGACCACAUACCGCGUGCACUUUGGCGCCUACCCGACGCCAAUCGAGCGCUUCAAAGCCUUCUACCGCAAGUUUCGCGACAUCCAGUCGCUGCACAUCGAGGUCGGCGACGAAGCCGCGUUCUACCUCACCUUUCAGGUCUACGCCCUGCGGCUCGUGCUCGCGAUGAGCGGCUUUGCGUUCUUUGUGCUAUUGCCCGUCUACGUCUUUGCCGCGUCCACGCCGUGGUCGGCGUUUAGCACGCUCACGAUCCGGUCGCUGCCCGACAAGUCGCCGCUCUUGUGGGUGCCCGUAAUUACCACGUACGUCUUCUCGCUCUUCUACGGCAUCUUCCUCCACAAGCUCGGGCGGCUUUGCAACAAUCGGGACCCGGCCAAGACAAACCUCCUCUGCAUGAUCCCGUCGAGUCUCAGCGCCCGCUCGAUCCUUGUCUCGUCCGGCGUGCCCAAGCGAAUGGCCCAAGACCGCAUCCUGUACCUCCUCGACCAGAUCUUCCCGGGCUACAUGAGCCACGUGACAGUCGUCUACGACUUGGGGCCGUACCGCCGACUGCACAAGCAACGCAUCGACGCCGAAGAUCGUAUCGAGCGACUGCAACUGCUCUUGCGCAUGCAACUGACCAACUCUGUUCCGUGGAUGCUGCGACUGCUGCCCGGAAGCUUGCGGUUUCCCGAGCCGACGUGCUUCCAGGCGCCGCUGGAAGACCAAGUCGCGUCGCUCCAGGCCAGCAUUGCCGACAGCAAGCGGUUGGAAGCGAGCACGCUCGCGUCGAUCAUCGCCAAAAACGAGGGCACGGGCCGCAUCUUCCUCAUCUUCAACGACCCAAAAUGGAAGGCGCGGUUCGUCAAGAAGACCAAGUACAAGUCGGUCGCGCACAUGAUUGCCCGCGCCCCCAAGAAAUACCACAACAUCCUCAAGCGCAAGAUCGACGAACUCCAACUGACGCAGUGGAAGCUCGACACGGCGCCAGAGCCCGACGACAUUGACUGGGAGUGCGUCUCGUACCAGUCGACCAAGCGUACACUGCUCACAGCAACGAUUUACACGUUUCUCACGGUGUUUAUCAUUCUCUUCACGUCGCCGUUGGCGGUCACAUCGGCCAUUUCAUCCGGCGCCUACUCGACGACCGCCAAGUGGGUCAACGACAUCGUGUUUGACGUCCAAGACUGCGUCGCUGGCCUCUCGCCCGUCGUGGCCAAAAUGACAUUUUCGUACAUUCCCACCAUGAUUCUUGUCAUGAUCAACGGUGUGCUUCUCAACGUCGUCUACCACGCGGGACGCAUGCAACCCAUGUCGACCGACUCGGCCAAGGAAAAGAGCAUUCUGCACUACAGUGCUGUGUAUUUGAUUUUCAAUACGCUGUUUGUGCCCAGCUUUACGUUUGUGUCGAUCAACGCGCUCUUCCAGUAUUUUCUCGACAAGGGCCAAGUCCUCGACCUCUUUGAGAUGCUCUUCCUCAACAACUCGGGUGUUUUCUUUGUCAAUUACGUGAUUCAGCGGGCGUUUGUGGGCACAGCCGUCGUCAUGCUGCGUAUUUCCGAAGGCGCCGAGUUUGCGUGGCGCUGGUCCCGCGCCGUGACACCAAAGGAGCACGCGUACGCGGUCGACGCGUGGAAGUUUUACACGGGCACGCAGUCGGCGUUGCAAAUUAGCGUCCUCGUCGUCAUUGUCGCGUUCAGCACGGUCGUGCCCGUGAUCUUGCCGUUUGGCGCCUUUUACUUUUUCAUGCAGCACCUCGUCGACAAGUACUCGCUCCUGUACGUCCGGCCGCGCAUCAAGGGCAACGGCGCAAUUGCCAAGACGAGCGCCCACGCAAGCAUGUUCCCGCUCAUGAUCUACCAGUGCGCAAUGGCCGGCUUCUUCCUCGUCCGGGGCACACUCUACCAAAGCACCUCGGUCGUCGUGCUCCUCAUGCUCACGUUCAUUUUGAUCCUAUGGCACUACAUUCGCGACAAGGAGCAGCUUUUGCGCGCCGUCGGCAAGGCGUAUGCGCCCGACCAGACGAUGCUGCUCUCGCCGACGUCCGGGUCCGUCGAGAUGUACCAGGACCCGGCGCUGCGCUCCUCCAUUGCGCCGUCGACGCCCGCGACCCUCUACGGCGCCAUGGUGCUUUAACCGACGGCGACUUUCAAUCAAAAAAUAUUUGUACAAAAUGCAAGAAAUAUGUACGAGU